UCUCAAUCAAUCAAAUUGCUGCUUCAGUUGAGAUAUAUGACAUUUUGGAAUAUACAUGUAAUGUACAUAAUCUACCUCUGGCUCUCACAUGGAUUUCAGAUAGGAGAGACUGUAAUGUAAAUUCAAAUGGGAAACUUCGAAUAGUUGAAAGUGCUUGCUAUCUGAAUGACAUAACAAUGGAAGGGUUUGUGGAGGCAUGUGGACAACACCAUCUUGAGGAAGGACAAGGUGUAGCUGGAAAAGCACUUCAAUUAAAUGGCAUGUACUUUAUCCCUGAUGUUUCCGAGCUUAGUGCAGAUGCUUAUCCAUUUGUUUGUGAUGCCUGGGAAUUUGGCCUUCACGCUGCUGUCUCAUUCAAGCUAGAAAACAUUCACAUGAGCAGAGUUGAUCACGUUUUAGAAUUUUUUCUCCCAACAGAAACAAAGGAUGUUUCAGAACAUAAACUUUUGAUAGAUGGGAUCUCUUCUAUCCUGCAGAAGAACUGUAGGAAUUCAUGGGUAAUUUCUGGCAUGGAAUUAUCUGAGGAUAACAUGGACUCUGUAGUUAGAUCUGAAGGGGCUAUUUCUGACCGCUCUCUACCAGCAUCAUUAGACAAUGGUAGUUUCAAUACAAAUGGUAUGAUCAUAGCUAGCGAUGCGGUGAACGCAACUGACCAUGGAAUAGAAAUUGGUGUUGAAGCUCAUGAACAGGAUGUGGGAGACCAAAAUUCUACUUUUGAAGCAGCUUCAACUGGAAUCACGUCUAUCUUGCAACAGAAAUCUAGGAAUUCAUGGAAAGAUUUCUCUGAACAAUUAAGUGGGGCUAAUUUUAGCUCUGAAGUUAGGAUAGAGAAUUUCGAGACAAGUGACGUCAGACCAGCGGGUAUUUCAGACAGCUAUUACAGCUUGAAUUCAAGUGAAGUCAGGAAAUUCUGCAAUAUUUCUAACCCAACAAGUGAUGGUGUGGAAGUACAGGAGGCUCAUGACCAGGAAAUGGGAGAACAAAAUUCUACAUGUGGAGCAGCUUCAAAUGAAAUCACCUCUACCUUGCAAAAGAACCCCUGGAAGUCAUGGAAAGAUCAUUCCAGUGAAUUCAUGGAAUUAUGCAAUAUUUCUAACCCAGCAAGUGAUGGUGAGGAAGUACAGGAGGCUCGUGACCAGGAAGUCGAGGAACAAGAAUUUGCAUUUGUACCAGAGGCUCCGAGCCCUGAUAACGAGGAGGGCGGCAGGGGUACUUCUCGUUUGAAUGCCAGCGCUAGAAACAAACGAAGGAGGACAUCAAAGGUGUGGCAAUACUUUGAAGAAGUUAGAGAAAAUGGAGAAAUUUUGGCCAAAUGCAAAAGUUGUAGUACUAGAUACAGAGGGGAAAGCACAAGGGGAACUACAAAUCUGCACAAACACCUAAAAUCAUGUGCAGGAAAGAAAUAAAAAGGCUGAAACAGAACUAUCCUUCGCCUUUAAAACUUAACAAGUCCAUGUAUUUGAAGAAACAUAGUUUGUUUUCAACUUUUGACCUGAUAUUGAAGUUGUGGUCGAUGAGUCCUAUCAAAUGUUCCUCAGGAAUUGAAGUCGUCAAUGCAAUAUUUAGCAUCCUCUGCUGCUAGUGAAGUAAUGAGAUUUCCUGAUA